AUCAGCCCAGCCUGGAGGCGACUUCUCUGGAGAGCACAAGGACAAUCUGAGUGUGUGUGGAAUGCAGGCGCUUCAACAAAUGCCCAUAUGUACGCGGAGUAUGCUUGUGAGCGCAUGUGUCUUUGCUGCCGCAUCGCACCUUGUCCUUGGUGGAUGCGAGGGGCAAGUGCUAAUUCAGAGUACCCAUAUUAUCCGACAGCUUUCCUGCGUGAUGCAAAACUCUGCCCAUUCGGAUGCCGGUACAGAUGAGCAGAUAGAGCGAGUUCUGGUCUGAACAGAGACCAAGAGCAUGCUGCCUGCCUGCAAGCUGCGCAGGCUGGCAUGUGGAACAGGCACUUGGGAGCGUCUCGCAUCGCGAGCCUAUUUGCACGCGCAGAACUUUUCAAGGGUGGUUUCGGCCGAAGGCCCUC